AUGGAAUUCACAUCUGCCAUGUUCGGAGCUUCUCUACUCUCCUCUACCUUCACCAAGACCAACAAGCACGACUUGGUCAACAACUGCUGCUGUUCAUCUAACAACAUGCCUUCCACUUGUGCCUGCACCAAGUGCAGUUGCAAGACUUGUAAGUGUUAG